AUGGAGCAAGAAGCACUUCAUACCCCUGGGACAGCCUUUGAGCAGCGCGACUUCAUCGGUCCCAACGACACGCGGCGCGUGAUGCACCUCAUGGCUCUGGGACCCGAGGAGCCUUCGCCCAAGGUGAUGCAAGUCUUACAGGAAGCCUGUGCCGCUUUCUUCUCCCCAUUGAGAGUUGCGGUCAUUAGGAACCGGCCAGAAAAGAAGGACAUCACGCCUCUCCGCUGCGCCUCCCCGGAGGGCAGGCAUGCGGAGCAUCCGGCGCCCCAGCCCUUGGCGAGUGAAGAUGUGCUUAAGCGGCUGGCAGCAGGCCUCCGCUCCGACUCGCUGUUGACCUGCGCCCUGACGUUGUCACCGCUGAGCUCCGACGGCAAGCGGAGCUUUGGCGCCAGCGACUGGUCGCGGCGAGUUGGAGUCUUUAGCUUAGCUUCGAUCCUGGAGGAACCCUUGUGCCCUUUGGUCAUGGAACGGACAGCAAAGUUCCUCCUACAUCAGGUGACGCACAUGUUUGGACUUCUUCAUUGUUGUUAUUUCCGUUGUUUGAUGAACGGUGCUGCGCACCAAGAGGAGGCGGAUGGUCGACCGCCGUAUCUCUGCGGUGUGUGUUUAAAGAAGCUGCAACUGGUCACGUCCAUGGAUCCUUUGAUGCGGUACAUGCACUUGGCUCGCUUCUGGGCAUGGGCUGGAAGUCCUCAAAUCGCCCUGUGGUACGAGACACGCGUGCGCGUGGUGCGAAGCACGUUCUCCACCUCUCAGGUGCACUUGCCUCCAACGCCACGCUUGAGACCGCCCAGUAAGGACAAGCGUAGCACCGGACCGAGCGAGGACACCGUACACAGCGAGGCGGGCUCCACAUCACGUGCGUGGUGGCGGCAGGCCCCGAAGGAGGACGAAGCGAGGAGCGAAGAUGAGAUGCUCCUGAAGGUGAGCCCGGGAAGUUCACCCUGA